GGCCCCAUAUAAUAAGGUCAUAUCCAUGAUAACACGGGCCGCUGAAAGCAGAACGCAGAUCGUAGAACGAUCUACAAGAAAGGCCAUGUAUGAUAAUGACUGUACAGCUAGCUAGCAGGGAGUCGUCAAAAUACUUUUUCAAAAAGAGUCAUCUGGUUUGAUUUGCUUUCUGCAUAUUUUUUUUGCAGUAUAUAAAAAGAAGAUUUCCUGGUACGAUCGAGCUUCAAAUCCAGUCGAUCGAGGCUAUGGCGGAGUGCGUUGAAAUUCAAGUCAGUGAAGUAGAUCUCCUUUUGUCUAUGUACCCGGACGAGGUUGAGUUUGACGAUCCUCUGGCGCUUGACAUUGCCCGACAGUUUUGUGAAGAUCCAAGUGAUGAUCUUUUGCCAUCUUUAUCAUUCUAUGUGAAAUUGAAUUGUGGCGAAGAAAGUGAGGUACACCGAAUGAAAUUGCAUUGUCGUUUCUUGAAGUCGUAUCCGUUGGAGACAGCAGCUGACUUUCAUCUCUCGUGUGACAAUUUCUCCCGAGAAUCGCAGCGUCGAGUGAACGAGGAGCUGAAGAACUAUGCUGAUUCUCUGAUCGGAGAAUGCAUGGUUGUUGCAUUGAUACAAUGGAUACAGGAAAAAGCUCAUGAAUACAUUGUGAAAACUCUUUGUGAUGAUAAUGCGGCCUCAGCCACUGUCAGGGAGGUCGAGGAUGAGCGCAGCGGGGUUUCCUCAUUUCAUCGCAUUUGGCUUUAUAUGCAUCACAUAUACAGCAAGCGUAAACGUAAAGAUAUACUGGAUUGGUCACAUGAGCUCGUGCUGACUGGAUUUUGCCUUCCUGGAAAGCCUGGUGUUGUGUGUGUUGAAGGAGAUGCACGUAAUGUGGAUGAGUUCUGGAGACGUAUCCGGAGCAUGACCUGGCAGCGCAUGUCUUGUAAGCAUCGGGAAGAGCUCCUGGGUGUGGCAGAUGACCUGCGCUGCUUCACCGAAGUGAAGGAAAUGAACUUUGAUGCCCAUGGUGGCCGUCAUAACCAUAUGGACCUGGGACUGUUCUUUCAGUAUCUGGACAAACAUGGACAUGCAGACAAGUUUGAGAUGUUGUUUGGUGUUGAGGGUCGUCUUGGAAAGUCAGCUGAGUAGACCGAUCUGCAACACCAUACCAAUACCUAUCAUCAGCAGCGACGGCACAAAGUCAACACAUCGUGCAGCGCUCGACAGGAUCGUGGUGUCAUCCGGUAUCCGCUGGAUAUCCAACCCUGUACGAAGAACAUGUAUCAUCGCUACUGCCUCGGCAAGAUAUUGAGUACCUACAUUGUAAGCAUUGGGAUUUCUGUGCUUUAACGCUGUGCACAGUCCGAGCUUUGAAGCCGCUUUGGUGCACGAUGACUGCCUGUUUUCAAUUUCAUACUCCAAAGAGGCAACUCACUGGACUCCUUCAUUUGUUGAAGAAGAAACAACUCUUCUCUCUUCUUUUGAGAGAGAGAGAGAGAGAGAGAGAGAGAGAGAACUGUUGCGAGAGGAGGGCUGAAGCAUGGCAGUGCUGAUGUCGAUAUCAACAAUCGAUGACUAACUUAGGAAGCUGUGGGACCUGGGGGUUGUUGUGCUUCCCUUAGUGCGAAGGCAAAACAAACGCAGGCAAUAGUGGCUGCCGAAGUAAGAGUGGGGCUGCUGCUGGAAUGCCGGCUGCCUACUGUAUUCUCCACAUCACUGGCGCUCCUGGAAUCUAUGCGCACUUACCUCUACAUGAACAGCAGCUGUUUCGUCAACAUAAGUUCCUGCCCGCAGAUCUACUUUUGAUAAAAAAAUUAUGUUGUAGAUAAAAUGUUCAUCAUCUUCUGCAUGAUGCUUCUUGGCAUCACUGGAGUUGCACACUGCAUUAAAAAAAAUUCUCGGGAAAGUCAUAGUGAUGAGUCUUUGGUCAUUUACUGCUGGCUUUAAUUUUUACUAUUGCCCUUGUAGUACUGACUUGCACUUUGUACUUAUUUUUGCUUCAUUGCAAUGAGUCAAUGGUGCACUGUUGUCUUCCUUAGCUCAGUAGAGCAUGGUGAAGGCGCUUCUUUUUCAUCUGUAUGCUAUAUUUUUUCUUGCCCAAGCUGUUCGGCAUAAGCAAACCUGUUGACUCGGUGGUCCAUUUGUUCAUUUCAAUGCGAGCAUCCAACCACCAACACUAGACUCCUUUAUGUACAAGUACCAGCAAGAGUAAAUCAUAGUAACCUAAACCCGAGGAGUGUGCAAUUCCUGCGUGACGAUUAUGUUGUCAUUUUUGUUUCCUUG